AUGGUGGCCAUGGCGUUGUCUAAACUUCUCCUUUUGGCUUUUGCUUUCUUCUUUACUUACAUUGAAGGAAGAGUUCAUGGCAAAACUAAACUAAAUCACUUGCACAUUGUUUCUCACAUUUCACUACCACCAGCUUCUGCUCCUGCCCCUGCUCCUCAGGCUGCUGUUAGUCCAAGUUAUUAUACAAAUUCUCCAAGUCCUAGCCCUAGCCCUAGCCCUACCCAGGUUCAAAGGGUUGCAAGAGUUUACAAUGUACUAUCUUUUGGUGCAGUUGGCGAUGGUGCCACAGAUGAUACACAAGCAUUCAAGAUGGCUUGGGACACUGCUUGCCUUCAGAAUGAACCAGCCAUUCUGCUUGCUCCUGAUGAAUAUUCUUUCAUGAUACAGCCUACUAUCUUUACAGGACCUUGUAAAACUAGCCUUGUUUUCCAGAUUGAUGGAACUAUAAUGCCACCUGACGGGCCUGAAUCGUGGCCAAGCAAGAUGAGCAAGAGACAAUGGCUGGUGUUUUACAAGAUCGAUGGACUGUCAAUGCAAGGAGGUGGUGUUAUAAAUGGCAGAGGAGAGAAAUGGUGGAAUCUACCCUGCAAACCUCACAAGGGGACUAAUGGCACAACACUUCCUGGCCCUUGUGAUAGCCCAGUUGCUAUAAGGUUUUUCCUGAGCUCCAAUUUGACAGUCCGAGGACUAAAAGUGAAGAACAGUCCCCAAUUCCAUUUUCGGUUCGAUAGCUGUCAGAAUGUUCUUGUGCAAAUGCUUAGCAUUAAAUCGCCAUCUCAAAGCCCCAACACAGAUGGGAUUCACAUAGAGAACACAAACAAUGUCCAGAUACAUAAUUCAGUUGUAUCCAAUGGUGAUGACUGUGUAUCAAUUGGAGCUGGCUGUCAUAAUGUUGAUAUAAAGAACAUUACCUGUGGUCCAAGCCAUGGUAUAAGCAUUGGUAGUCUUGGAAUCCGCAACUCACAAGCUUGUGUGUCGAACAUCACGGUGACAGAUUCGAUUAUUAAGCAUUCUGAUAAUGGUGUCCGGAUCAAGACAUGGCAGGGAGGAUAUGGUUCUGUUUCUAAGAUCUCGUUUCACAACAUUCACAUGGAAACAGUCCGCAAUCCAAUAAUCAUAGACCAAUAUUACUGCCUAACAAAGAACUGCACUAACCAAACCAGUGCAGUUUACAUUUCUGAUAUUCUGUACACGAAAAUCAAAGGUACAUAUGAUGUUAGGAGUCCACCUUUGCGUCUGGCUUGCAGUGAUUCAGUCCCAUGCACUAACCUCAGGUUAUCAGAAAUAGAGUUGCUUCCUGCUCAAGGCCAAUUUGUGGCAAAUCCAUUUUGCUGGAAUGCUUAUGGGGCAAUGCAGAAUCUUACCAUUCCACCAGUUUCUUGCUUGUUGGAUGGAAUCCCACAAUACUUUGGGCAGAACAGUAUUGAUCAGUGCCAGAAUAAUUUGUAUUAG